CACUCUCCACCCCCUUUCCCUCCCGUCGCGCGAGACUUUCGUGCACGUCAGGGCGUGUGCAUUUAACGUCACGGACCUUUCUCGUCACUUAUAGCCGGCGGAAGGAACUAGGUGCUGGUGACUGUGCAAAGAUGAAUACUAAAGGGCUUGGAUCUCAGCUGAAGGACUGCAUUUCAGUUCCUGAUUUUUCAGCUAGUGGAGCAUUUGAAAGCCAUGGUGUCAUACACAGAGGGUAAGCGCCAGAGGUUUAGAGAAAUAACAAGUUUUACACAUGUGAAGAGUGAACUUUUUCCUGUUCAUCCUUUGGAACUUUCAGAGAAGAAUUUUUUGUUAACUCAAGAUAAAAUGAAUUUUUCUACUCUGAGAAGUAUUCAAGGGCUACAUGCACCACUGAAGUUGCAAAUGGAAUUCAGAGCAGUGAAACAGGUCCAGCGCCUUCCUUUCCUUCAUAGCUCUAAUCUGUCACUGGAUAUCUUAAAAGGCAAUGAUGACUGCAUUGGUUUUGAGGAUAUUCUUGGUGAUCCUGCGCAAAGUGAAGUAAUGGCAGAGCCUCAUUUGAUGGUUGAACAUAAACUUGGUCUAUUAUAAUACUUACACACUACAGCUUUCUAUUCAUCAGAAGACUCUUACCUGUGCCCAUGAGGGUUCAAAUAAACCAUAUUAAAUGCAAGUGAUACUGUGCUUGUUUCGAUACUCAAUCUCUCACCAACUCAAUGAAAAAAGCGCAUUAAAUGCUAUAAGUAUCUUGUUCUGUGUUUACUACCAAAUGUCUUAUAAGUUGGGUGUAUCUUUAAAACAAAGGAUAUAUGACUAUAUUCAGCAUUAUGGCCAUUUGAUAUUCGUAGUUAGAGAAGGCUACGUAUCAGAACAUAUUCAGUAAAAGGAAAAUAUUAAAUUGUUCGGAUUGGAAAAUUCUUGCAAAAGAACCCUUAGCAAUUUUAAACCAAGAGAUUUGCUGUUAAUUUUUCUUUGCUCUUGAUGAUGUCUUUUAAACAAUAAAUAACAUUUUCAAUAAA